AUGAUGGACCAGACUUUGGUAAAUGCGCAGUCUUUAGGUUCCGAGUGCCAUAUAAAGACCCAGCGGGGAUCUUGUCAGCUGCUGACAAAGUGCGGUCCAGCCUUGGACGACCUGAAAGCCGGUAAGCGGCCCGAGGUGGUAUGCGGCUUCGAUAAGUUGAUCCCAAUAGUCUGUUGUCCAAUCAAGGGCGCCACCACCGCUAGCCCCACCACCCCAUCGAAACCCACGGAGGGUAGCAACGAGGUCACGACCACCGGCAGACCGUUCGAGUGGGAUCCUAAUAUGAGACGUUCCGAGCAGAUGUGCCAAGAGUACUCGAAAUUGGCGUACACCCAAAAACUGGUCAUUAGAGACGGCAUCCAGACAUACGUCAACGUCUCGGCGUGCGGAGUAAGAAUGGCAACGCGCAUAGUUGGUGGCAACGAAGCCGAGCCCAAGGAGUUCCCGCACAUGGCUGCCAUCGGUUUCGUCAAGGAGAAGAACGACCCGAUCCGCUGGAAUUGCGGCGGUGCUCUCAUCUCCGACUUGUGGGUCCUUACAGCGGCGCAUUGCACGUACUCGUUCGAAUGGGGAUUUGCCGAGUACGUGCGCGUGGGUGACCUAAACCUGGCGAGUGAGGGUGACGACGCGAAACCUCAGGAACGACGCGUCUCUAAGCGCAUCAGACAUCCCGGCUACAAAAAACCGGCAGAAUACAACGACAUUGCUCUUUUCAAGAUGGACAGGCCAGUGACGUUUGACGCCUACGUGAGGCCGGCCUGUCUAUCCCUGAACCCCGACGUCCAAUCGGGCGAAAGGAUGACAGUAGCCGGCUGGGGUAUCGUCCACUGGACUAACGAAGAAGGGUCCCCCAUCUUAAUGAAGGUGCAUAUACCCGUUGCGUCUUACGACGCCUGCAAGGGAUAUUAUGGGAACGAGCCAGCCAGACUUCCAAAAGGCAUCAAUUCCGAGUCACAAUUGUGCGCUGGGGAAGAUGGGAAAGAUGCCUGCCAGGGUGACAGCGGUGGUCCUUUGAUGGUCAAGAGCGACUCGUACAAAUGCAUGUACGACAUCGUUGGGGUCACUUCCUUUGGAAAACUUUGUGGGAGUGUCAUUCCUGGCGUGUACACGAAAGUAUACCACUACUUGGACUGGAUCGAGGACACUGUGUGGCCUUGAACCUUAAAACUUGUUUGAAGAUCGGAAAGUUU